AUGGCUUCAUCCCGGAGGUCUCGGAGAAACAAACGAUUAUUCACCUGUCCUUGUUGCUUGGCGCCGAUUAGAGGCAUGGGGGCGUUAAGGGAGCACCAGAAUGUUUUGGAUCAUAAGCUGCCUUGCGCUGAGUGCCCGAGGAAGUUUGUGGACUCUGAUGCUUUGGAGCAGCAUAGUAUCCAGAGACAUAGAAAAUCCGCAAAACCAAAGAGGAGGGGUAGGUAUGGCACACCAAAAAGGGGACAACCCUCCAGUGUGAUGAGGGUCCAUGAAUCCACGGCUACCUUGCUGUCCGUGACAGACAGCCUGAGUGCGAUCGCUCUUGAGGACGAGACGUCCAUCAUGUCCCUUGGGCGGCGCCAAUCGAACCACCCCCCAACAAUCCUAGAUCCUGUUCUGGGUUUUCCGGCAACAGAGCAGUCCUCCUGUACAACGACGCCUCAUAGGUCCGACGACACCUUGCUCUCUAUAACAGGCAGAAUCAAUACGAUUGCUGUUGCGGCUGGGCUAUCCAGCGAUUCCCUUUGGCAACACCAGCAUCUUCAUCCCCUAACGAUACUCGAUACUACUGAGCAGGCUACAAUAUUCCAAGCCCUCUCCGCGAGCUGUCACCCGCAGGACCGACGUCGAGCACAAGGGUAUACGAUGCCACCUUCUCCGGCAGAUAGUACAAAAUUCGCAUACCGAAGCAUCAUCCAGAGAGGCAGAUUUCGUGAAACACCUCGCUCAGAACUAGGCCAGCUACCUGAGAAGAGACAAGCAAUCGUUAUUGACUGCGAGAUGGUCGAGGUCACGGGCAGACGACGAGAAUUGGCUUUCUUGAGUGCUAUUGAUUUUCUCACUGGGGAGGUGCUGAUCGAUAAUUAUGUCCACCCAGUAUCAACGGUGACCGAUUGGGGAAGUGCUCUACGUUUCCGGGAUGUUCUCCGAAAAAGGGCCUGA